CGACUGUUACGAGUAUCAUCAAUCCUUGCUUCAACCUCAACAUCAGGACAUUCACGACUUUCUUUUUGUCCUCUUCCGCCGUCAACCACAUCCACUGCAUCUGAAUCCACCCAAACUUAGCACUUCGACCGCCAUCGUCUCGCCAUGGCUAGUCAUUGGGCCCCUCGACAGCGCUCCAAUCGAGCCCCCAUCGUCGCCUUUGUCCUCUUCGUCAUCUUCCUGUACUGGUUCCGCGACAGCCUCCUACCGUCAAAUACGCCAGCGCGCAAGCACAGAAAUGACUACCCGACCCUAAACCUCGGCGACGACGACGUGGAGAUGGUGGUGGCCAGCAUGAAGCACGAGAAUGUGUCCUGGCUCGACGAAUACCUCCCUGAAUGGAAGAAGAACAUUUACGUUGUCGACGACAACAGGGCCAAGCUGACUGUGCCCAUGAAUAAGGGUCGCGAGGCCAUGGUCUUUCUGACCUACAUCAUUGACCGAUACGACUCCCUGCCCGGCAACGUCGUCUUCCACCACGCCGAGCGCUUCCAAUGGCACAACGACAACCCCGACUACGAUGCUCUCCCCCUCCUCCAGAACUUCCGAUUCGACAACCUCAAGAAAGUUGGGUAUGCCAACUUGCGAUGUGUCUGGAUUCUUGGAUGCCCCGCCGAGAUCAGGCCCAUUAAGGAUGAGUCCCCUGGCAAGGAGGGCGAGCCCAUACACGCACGCCACGUUUACAAGGCUGCUUUCCAGGAGCUGUUCCCCAGUCUUGAAGUCCCCGAGGAAGUCGGCGUAACCUGCUGCUCGCAGUUUGCCGUCCGUCGCGAAACUAUCCAUCUGCGUCCCCGCGCCGAAUAUGUGCGAUUCCGCGAGUGGUUGAUUGUGUCUGCCUUGGGAGAUGCUCUCAGUGGUAGAGUUCUCGAAUAUUCCUGGCACAUCAUGUUUGGCAAGGAAGCAGUCCAUUGUCCAAACGCCGCCGAGUGUUACUGCCAGAACUAUGGCAUGUGCGAUCUAAAGUGCGAAGCAGACAAGUGUGAAAGUCAAUACAUACUUCCUCCCUUUUCGACCCUUCCCAAGGGCUGGCCUCAGCUCGGAUGGAAGGGAGAAAACCGGGGCUGGGAGGGACAGCCUUGAUCGAGGGAGAGAUGAAUUUGCGCCGUUGAAGAUUUUACGAUUGAAGGAGUUUCUUCAUCUGUUAGGAAACUCUGCGUUGCACGACUAAUUUUCUAGACCAUUAUGGGCUGCGUGUUGAAGAAGGGCCCUUGUCUCUGGGUUUAUGGGGAUCAUUACGGGAUGGGAUGGGACGGGCGUCUGGUUUUGGGUUUGGCAAUCUGCUAUGUCUGCACUGGGUAGAGGUUUUGUAACAGUAUCAAAAUAUAGUUUUAAACGAAAGCCAGUAUGAUAUGAA